AUGUGGACUGUCAAAAUGAAGACCUUCUUGAGGGGACAAGUUUUGUGGCUGUAUGUUGAAGAGAACAAGCAGCCACCUACAUUGGGGCCAAACCCCACAUUGAAUCAAAUUAGGCAUCAUGAGGAGGAAGCUACUAAAGCUCCUAGAGCUUUGUCUCAUAUCCAUGUAGCUGUAACUGAACUUGUUUUUACAAGAAUCAUGGUGUAUGAGACAGCCAAGGAAGCAUGGGACAAGCUCAAGAAGGAGUUUGGUGGUAGUGAUACAACUAGGAAUAUGCAAUUGUUGGGUGAGGAAAUGACAUACAAGAGAAUUAUGGAGAAAGUAUUGGUGAGUCUACCCGAGAGGUUUGAGUCUAAGAUUUCUUCACUUGAGGACUCUAAAGAUCUGUCACAUAUCACACUCACUGAAUUGGUGCAUGCUCUACAAGCUCAAAAGCAAAGGAGGUCGUUGAGACAAGAGGAUUCAAGUGAGGGUGCAAUGGUGGCAGGCUUUAAAGGCAAAGCUGGUCAGGGAGGAAAUAAGAGGUCUGCUGCAUAUAAGAAAGGGAAGGAGAAAAUAAGUAAUUAG